AACUAACGUCUGGCUUUCCGUAUUGGUGUGCAACUAAUAUUUGUUUUAAACUACAUCGAUGAAUUUAGAAAUGUUCACAGCACAGUGUUCCCGGACUGCAUUCCUGUGUUGGCUUUAGAUGCAUCCAGGUCUGUGAUCGCCAUACAACCAAGAACUGCCGCCAUGGUACUGAUUGCUGCUCAACUUUCCAGGCCGUUUCGUGGAAGAUUGCCGACGUUCCUGAAAUUGCUGCUGCUGACUGUGUUGGUGUCAGCGGCUCUGUUCGUCUCCUUCAUUCCCAGCCUGCACUUGCCAUAUGGAGCAUCCAUCGGGCUGCGACAACACAGACACCAUCACCUUCACCACGUGGACAGCAGCCAUGCCUUCUUCGUUCCACAUUCCUACGGUAAAUGGAGCCAGUACAUUGUGUACAAAUGUGAUGGAUCAUUUGCUUGUGGUGGGUGGGCAGACAGACAGAAAGGCAUCGUUGCUGCGUAUAUCAUAUCGGUGAUGACACAGCGCAAGUUCAAGGUCAUACUUACGAUUCCGUGCGAUGUACGCACGUAUCUACUUCCGGUCAAAGAAGACUGGCGUGUCCAUGGCAACGAGCUUCAAGGAAAACCUUCCACUGAUGUCAUCAAACUUGACUCCGAAGGCAUUAAUUUUUGCAAUCGCCUGGGAAAGGAAAGGUUGGAGGAUAUUUUUAAAUCUAAUGUUACUUAUAUCAACAUUAACAUUGAAUGUGUAAAGUUUCUAUUGCGGAAUCCCUUGUACUCACAUCAACUUGACUGGGCGAAAGGAAAGUCAGUUGGCGAGAUAUACAGACUGGUUUGGAACAGUUUAUUUAAACUGAAUCAGAAGACAGGCAAUCAUUUACGAACUUUCAGGUCUCAAAUAUCAAGGUCGAAGACUCUGGUCUGUUCACAGAUUCGGGUUGGAUAUAGUCCCACGAUUCCAGAAGACAGAGUAAUUAAUACGUUGGAAAAUGUGGAAGCUGUUUGGAACUUCCUCAAGAAAUAUAACGACAGCGAUAGAUAUCAUAUUUUCUUGACAACUGAUUCCGAACAGGUCAGAGACAUAGGGAGAUUAAAAUUCCCGGAUGUGAACCUUGAACUAAAGGGUCACAUCGUUCAUGUUGACAGAACACGUGGAGAUCAUGUGUGCGAUGGCCUUGAGAAGACUUUGCUUGACCAGAUCGUCCUGUCCACAUGUGAUGUCCUUAUCAUAAGCGAAAGUGGGUUUGGGAGGAUUGCUGCGUUCAUGAGACAAAGCCAAGACAAUCUCUACUGCAUCAACGUUGCCAACAUCACCAAAUGUACUGAGACGUCUCGCCAGUUUAUCAGAGGACCUUGGUGAAGUUCAAACCGAGCCUGCUACUGCUAAACAGCUUUGCAUAGCAUCACAUAAGAAGUUUGAGGCUGACAUGGUACUACUUUGUCCUCUGAUACUUUAAGGAUAGGAUAUGUUUGUUUGCGGUAAAAAAGCUGACAAAACAUAUCGCCUACGUGAUAAUAUUGACACAGGUCUCAUAUUUGAUCGAGUGACAGAAAUGGACACAGUCCACAUUGAAAGAUUGUAAGAUAAUAGGAUCGGUAAUUGACUGCAAUAAGAGCUGUAAAACAUUCACUGCAUAUACAGUCCGUUUGAUUUCAUUUGAGACCGAUGAAUUGCUCACUAACACAAAAUCAAAUAAUUGCAACAAAACCAAACCUUGC